CCCCAACCUCCUAAGCAUUGCUGAGACCAAAACAGUCCCUGGGCACGAAAAGGAUGCCAGGCUGCAGGACUGCAGAUGGCUUCUCCUUCCUGACCCAGGGCAGCUGUCUCCCUUCAUCCUCUCUUCCCUGCCACUCUGAGACCCAGACCCCUGGAGGUGAACACAGGAGAAAAACGAAGUGGAGAGAAUGGGAAGGCGGCUGUGAUAAAGAAAAAAGAAGGAAGUGCAGUCCGGGAGGAGAUGAGAGACAGAAAGCAUGGGGUUGGAGCCCCGCGCCUCCGAGGAAGGAGGGAGAGGGUGACCUGGGAUGCGCCCCGCCUUCCCUGCUUCCCCAUUCCCGGGGGCUGCCCACCUCCGGCCGCAGCUCAGGAGGGUGGGGGCGGGGCGGGGCGGCGCCGAGGAGAAUGAAUAAUUGAAGUGGAGGGGAGGAGGAAGAAGAGGAGAAGGAGGAAGAGGAGCCGCCCGCGCAAGGUCCUCCCCACGCCGCACCCCCCUCCGCCGCCCGGAAGUCGCUCCCCGCCUCCCGCUCCGCCAACAUGGCCGCGAAGUCGGAUGGAGCGGCGGCCUCGGCCGGCCCGGGCCCGGAGGGGGUGGCCGGUGGAGCCCGGGGCAGUGCCGGCGGGUGCGGGGAGGCGGCGGCGGCGGCCGGGCUGCCGGGGAGCGUCGGGGCGGGCGGCCCGGGGCCGCGCUACGAGCUGCGGGACUGCUGCUGGGUGCUGUGCGCGCUGCUCGUGUUCUUCUCCGACGGCGCCACGGACCUGUGGCUGGCGGCCUCUUACUACCUGCAGGGUCAACACACCUGCUUCAGCCUCACGUUGCUGUUCGUGCUCCUGCCCUCACUGGUCGUGCAGCUGCUGAGCUUCCGCUGGUUCGUCUACGACUACUCGGACCCUGCAGGGUCCCCGGGACCCGCCGUCAGCACCAAGGACAGCGUAGCCGGCGGAGCCGCCAUCAGCACCAAGGACAGCGCCGGCGCCUUCCGGACCAAAGAAGGCAGCCCCGAGCCGGGUCCCCAGCCUGCGCACUCCUCGGCCAACGCCUACCGCCGCCGCUGCUGCCGCCUCUGCAUCUGGCUGCUGCAGACCCUCGUCCACCUCCUGCAGCUGGGCCAGGUCUGGAGGUACCUGCGCGCCCUGUAUCUGGGGCUGCAGAGCCGCUGGCGCGGGGAGCGGCUGCGGCGCCACUUCUACUGGCGGAUGCUGUUCGAGAGCGCCGACGUGAGCAUGCUGCGCCUGCUGGAGACCUUCCUGCGCAGCGCGCCGCAGCUAGUGCUGCAGCUCAGCCUGCUGGUGCACCGCGGUGGUGCGCCCGACCUGCUGCCGGCCCUUUCCACCUCUGCCUCCCUCGUGUCUCUGGCCUGGACGCUGGCCUCCUACCAGAAGGUGCUGCGGGACUCGCGGGACGACAAGCGGCCGCUGUCCUACAAGGGCGCCGUGGCCCAGGUGCUGUGGCACCUGUUCACCAUCGCCGCCCGCAGCCUGGCCUUCGCACUCUUCGCCAGCGUCUACAAGCUCUACUUUGGCAUCUUCAUCGUGGCCCACUGGUGCGUCAUGACCUUCUGGGUCAUCCAAGGGGAGACGGACUUCUGCAUGUCCAAGUGGGAGGAGAUCAUCUACAACAUGGUGGUGGGUAUCAUCUACAUCUUCUGCUGGUUCAACGUCAAGGAGGGCCGGAGCCGACGCCGCAUGACCCUCUACCACUGCAUCGUCCUGCUGGAGAACGCCGCACUCACCGGCUUCUGGUACUCCAACCGCAACUUCUCCACCGACUUCUACUCCCUCAUCAUGGUCUGCGUGGUGGCCUCCAGCUUUGCGCUGGGCAUAUUCUUCAUGUGUGUCUACUACUGUCUCCUGCACCCCAACGGGCCCAUGCUGGGUCCCCAGGCACCUGGUUGCAUCUUCCGUAAGGCCUCAGAGCCCUGUGGCCCACCCGCUGACGCCAUCACGAGUCCCCCCAGGUCCCUGCCGAGGACUACAGGUGCUGAGCGGGAUGGGGCCUCGGCAGGAGAGCGUGCAGGAACCCCCACCCCACCUGUCUUCCAGGUGCGGCCUGGCUUGCCUCCCACACCAGUGGCCCGCACCUCGCGGACAGAGGGGCCUGUCAUCCGGAUUGACUUGCCUCGCAAGAAGUACCCUGCGUGGGAUGCUCAUUUUAUUGACCGCCGGCUCCGGAAGACCAUCCUGGCACUGGAGUACUCCUCACCUGCCACGCCCCGGUUGCAGUACCGGAGUGUGGGGACCACCCAGGAGCUGCUGGAGUAUGAGACCACAGUGUAGGCUACAGUGUCCCCGCACAAAAGGGACAGGCUUGGCUGACCCCACGUCGGCCACAGUGUUGAGCCCGGAAUUUCAGGGCCACCAGGCUAAGGGGGAGUGGAUCUGUUGGUCCAAGAGUAGAGCAGCCCCACUUUUGGGUUCUUUUAGGGGAGGGGGCAGCCUUGCAGAGGCCCCGGCCCUGGGCCCCGUUUUCAGCCUUGUGGCCCAUUCCCUAAAUUCCCCUGACCCAGGGCCUGGGGAAUCACCUGGUGCUACACUUUUCGAGCCGCCCUGCUUUCAUGGGGUCUCCACACCUCUCCCCUGCCUGGCGUUGCCCAUAUGUUGCCCCUGCUGGACUUGCCAGGGAAAGGGCACCGUCUGGGGUCCAUGACCUAGACCCUGUGCUCCUCCGGGGUUGUGGAGAGUGGGCUGCCUCUGUGGUGGCAAAAGAUCUCUGAGAAGGAUGGAGGAGGCUGUGGAAGGGAUGGGGUGAGGUUGGAGCAUCAUGUGGACAGGGAUGGCCUGGCUCCUGUAGCAUCUGGGGCCUGGAGCCAGGGCAAGAGGGAGUUGAAGAAGGGAGUUAGGGUGGGGCAGGGUGUUGGGGUGGGGGGCUGGCAGUGCUGGAGAUGGACAGGAGAAAGAACUGUGGGGGUCUAGGCUGGCAGAAGCGUGGAGGGGUGGAAGACUUGGGGGAGGGGAACCUGCAAUCUGAAGCAUAGCGAACAAGAAUGAACUCCUCAGGAGAUGUCUCUUGUUGUGGGCUCUGUGAAGGAUGAGGUUCCACAUGCCUCGGGUGAAAUGUUUGAAGGAGCCAUUCUUUGUUCUAGAUGAGUACCUGGAAUGUGGCUUCUAGAUACAGGUCUUCAGCACAGCAGAUAGGAUGUCUGGAAAGAUCUCUGGGCUCAAGUGCAGCUGAGGUUUCAGCACAUUUAUCAGAGGAACUGAUCCAGAAGCACGCUUAGUUCUAGAUUGAGUUCUAGAGUGCUAGGCUGAUCAAAUGUCCCAGGGAGCCACUCUGAUCUGUGUAUUCUGUUGUGAUGGGGGAGGACACUGGAGCCCUGCUGCUCUGCUGUGGGGGAUUCUAGCAACUGUCAUGGUGGUGGGGGAGAAGGGGUUCUAGAGCCCAGCAUGAAUGGAAUUUUCUAGGAAUGGAUGCUCUGAUUCUAGACUUCUGGGGCUCAUGGGAGCUCUAGGCCCCUGUUACCUUGGUCCAUAGCCAUCUUUCUAAAAGGAAAUUGUCCUCAGAACCCCUGAGACAUUUCAGCUGCCAACUGGUUCCCAGCGAAAAAAAAUAGCUUUGGGGACGUGACAUGAAUCCUGGCUCUCAGCCACCCUGCAAAUGGGGCUCCCUGGGGCGACAUCUGGGAAACUGACUUGUUUUGCCUUAGAUCUGAUGACUCCCCAGGACUUGUGGUCUAGUCCCAUGGCCUGAACAUCGUGUGCCCAGGGGACUCACCCAAGGCCCCUCCUCCCACCUAGGACAGCUAGUGCUGGAUUGAGGGGGCGUACGGGAGAGGGGAAGUAGGCAGUUCCAUGGAGUGAGGAGACAGAGCCUCUAGCAGAGCUGGGAACCCUGCCUCCUCCUCACACACACAGAGACACACACACACACUCCCACAGCAACUUAGGUGUGAUCAGUGGGAGAGGACAGCAGGGGUGUUAAGGACAGAUGCAAACCUGAUCCUGGAGUGAGGUGGGCCAUGAGAAUUUAGACUAUGCAAAUUAGAAGGGUGCUUAGACCGCCCUGGUUCAGCCUCUCUUGGGUUACAGAUGGGAAACUGAGGCCCAGAGUGGCAGCUACUCUCUCAAGGUCCCAGACUCUGGGCUGCCCAUCAAAAGGUGAUGGGUAAUGAUGAAUUGCUGGGGAUGCAGGGUGACCCCAAAGGCAGAGAGGGCCAGACUGCCCACAUACACACAAGCACAAUCACAACCAUGAUACAAGUCACCCUCCCCACCAGCACACAGGCCGAGAUGGCGUGUGCAUCAGCCCUCCUGCCAACACAGCAAGAGUGCUUUUCCUUCUUUCUGCUGCUAAGCACCCUCAGGAACCAGGCCUCAAGGGUGAUGGGAGGUGGAAGAAGCCCAAGGCUGACCCAGGCCCGCUCUGUUGGGCUCAUCCAUCCUGCUUGUUCUCUGCCCAAAUCCAUCUUCGGAGACUGAAUUCACACACAAAGCCUUUGUGAGACGGGAGCUUUGAGGAUGCGGACCCAGAACCAGAAACAGACUGUUUCUCCAGGGCCGACUUUGUGCCAGGAAUUUUCACCCCAUGUCGUUUCACUCACACUCUCCUCUGGUCAUGACAUCCCUGCAAGAGAGGCAUUAUCAACCUAUCUUACAGAUGAGGAAACUGAGGCCCAGAGAGGUAGCAUGAGGGUCACCCUUGGCAAGUUGUUCUCCUCCCCAGUAUCCCAGAAUGGCCCAUCUGGCUGCUGCCUUCUAGAGGAAAAGUCCUAGCUGGGAUCCUUUACGCUCCAGGAGAUUCCCAAGGGGCAGGGAUGUGCUGGCAGGGCUUGGCAUGGUCUGAGGCUCACAGGGAAGCCAUGGCCACAUUUUUGGAUUUUACUCCACCCCUACUCCCCACCUCUUAUCAACCCCACACACCCUUCCCUCAGGGCCUCUGCCUGCAGGGACAUCUGGGCACAGAAAUGGCCACAAAGGGCCUGGAGAGAGGGCUGCAGUCACCUUCUCCUGCUUCUCACCCUCAGAAGAGUCUCAGCCCUUUAAGGACUCUCCACCCAGGAGCUUGGGACCAGGCCUGAGGCCCCCUGCUCCACUGGCUCAUCCCUUCAUUUCACUGGGAUAGAGGAGUCAGAUGAGGGAGGGGUCCAUCCCCUUAGAGCUGUUGUUUUGUUUUUCUUUCUGUGACACAAUCUACCUCAGCCAGUCUCUCCCCUGGCAGAACUGACCCCCCUGGUCCUCUGCCUCCUGUCCCCUGACCCCCACCCCAGUAUAGAUGCUCAGUCCUUCCUAGUCCUUCCCACCCUCCCAGGGUCCUUGCAGCCCAGAGGGUCCCUGAGGGUCCCUUAAGCCACCUGCCCUCCAUAUACAUUAGACAGGAGAAAGUGAGACCCAGAGAGGACCAAGGACUCACCAAAGGCCACACAGGAAGUCAGUGGCAGUUAGGAUUUCCCUGGGGAUGAGAGGUAGUUGGGUGCGUCUUGAUUUUGCCAGGAACAGAAGAGAACAGGAUGCUUUGGGUACCAAAUAUGGCAGACCCUGCCCUCAGUUACCUCUGACCCCAGGAGACCAGUGUCCCCAUUUCCAGGGCAGACUUCUGUCUCCCUGUUUUCUUAGAACUGACCCCCAGGCUGUUGACUGUGUUCCCCAAACCUCUGCAGGCACCACACCCCCAUCACGGCACCUCCUGGCACUGAUGUGCCAUGUGUCUUGUAACUGUCACCCCAGCUGAACAGCGCAGACCUCCCCACUCCCCCACAGAGGGCUCCCCAACAAGGGGGCCUUGUUUGAUCCCCUCCUGUCAUCUGCCUCAUUCUUGUGUCUCCCCAAAAUCUGCCUUACCCCCAGUCAGCUCCCUGCUACACCUGUGUCCCACAGAGGCAUGUCACCCAUGAGAGUCGGGGCAGGCAGAGGGCAGGAAAGGUGAGACCUGGGGAAAGUCCGGGUCUCUGGAUAAGGGCUGAGGGGGCUGGGAAUAUUCAGGGAAGUCUUGCUUGCAGCCAACACCCUCCUAAGUACUCGAGUUCUGCAGGUUCUUCCCCUGGAAUUCAUCUGGGCCUGGAGUCCACAGAAGCCUCGGACAGUAGGGAGAAGGUUUUCUGGGACAAGGGCUGCAUGGGAUGCAAACUCAAAUGCCUCGAGAUAAUGAAAAUAAGAGUAAUGGAGACAAUAGGGAGUGGUGGGGACUCUGGCAAACAAGAGAGUGACUGUGUGCCCUGCCUGUAGGAACUAAAAUUCAAAUGUUUGGGAAACUGCAAGCCGCUCAUAUUUGGCCCACGUGCCACCAGUUUGAGACUUACUGUUCAAAAUGUUGAAAAGGUUCUAGAGCGUCCUGCAGAGUCUGGAAACCCCUCAGGGGAAGUCAGGGACAGAGGCUAUGGCUCCCUCUGAGACUUUGCUAGUCCAACCCUAAAUCCCCAUCACCUGGCUAUCUGAGAACAGAGACCACUGCCCUCUUGGCUGAAAAGGGAAGUCUGGGGGUCCACAGGGUCCCUGGUUUGGGAAUCAUCAUCUGAUAAGGGCUACAGGCCCUCCAGUGCCUCAGGUUAGGGGCUGCUGGAGUCUUUUCUAGCUUGGGGGCCACUGGUUAGGAGGAAUUGACAUUGGGUUGCAGGGGAGUCCAGGUGCAGGAUGUGGACUGAAAGCCAGGACCCAACUGUCCCAUUCUGUGCUGGCCCCUGCCAUCUUUGGCACCUGUCUCCCUCCCAGUUCAAGCUGUGGUGGGGCCUACAGUAGAGGUUGGUAGGGGGAGCUGUCAGUUUAUGUUUUAAAGUGCUUUGCAGUGUCUCAAUGGAAGGGACUGAGUGGGUGCCAAGCCGCAUGGGCAGUAGUGGGGUUGGGGUCUGAGUCCCCCUUCCCAACCACAGAGGCUUCUGAGACCCGGGGCUGGGGAGGAAAGGGGCUGCAAUGUGCCAUUCUGGUUGGGGAGAGGAUAGGACAUUUCUGGGUCCUUGGCUGCUGCUGAUAGAGGUAUGGGGAGGAGGAACUCUGGAGCAGGAGAUGUGGGAGUGGAAAAGGAAGGCCCCGUUCAAGCCUGGCCUGGUUUCUGGAGACAGAAAACUCCCCAGGGGACAGAGAGGUUACCCCUUGUGCUGGGCUUCUGCCACCCUUCCCUUCUCUGGAGGAGGAGGCUGCCCUCUCCUCAGCAACCCUGGCCUUUAUUCUAUGCAUAACCGCUGCAAGAGCACCCCCGGGCCAGGCUGAAGGGGUGGGGGUCCCAGGGCACCUGCAAUAAUCUCAGAAUGGAGGGUACCCUAGGACAAAGAGAGGGUACAGAAGGCGCCAGGGGGUAAAAGACGAUUCUUCCAUCUCUCUCUCACCCAAAUUCCCCCAGAUCGAAUCCGACCCUUUUCUGCCUGGUCUCCAUUGAGCUAAACCACUGAACUUGGAGGGGCCUCAUAUAAACAUAGCCCCCAGCCCCACUGGCUUUCCAAACCCAUCAUGAAAUAGCUGGAAGGGAUCUGAACCAUUCCCAUAGCUCCCUCAUUAUUUUCUUCCCUGAGGAUCCUGUGGUUUGGAAGACUUUUCUUCCAAACCAGCCUCAUUUCUUGAAGAAGAAUUCAUUUUCCCACAUUAAAUUAACUCAAAGUGAGCUUCUGAUUGCAGAUAAAUGCUUCCAAGGCCUCAAGUCAACUUCUAGGGCUUGAAGGUGGGGGAAUAUUUGUAUUUUAUUGAGUUGCUUAAUACAAAAUUCUCAAAAGCACUCGUGGGCACCCAUUCCUGCUUUCACAGGCCCUGAGGGUCUGGGACCCCAUGUUAGGAAUCAAUGGUUUAGAUAUCCAGCAUCCUAUUUUACUGAAGGGGCAAGCCCAGAGAUGGGAGAUGGCCAGCCCAAGGUCACACAGCAAGUUGGUGGCAGGGUGAGACCAGAACCCAGUUCUUUUGAGGGUCCCACCAGAAUACCCCCAGCCCUGAUCCUCCCGUCCAUGCCCCUGUAACUCUAGGAAUCACUAGCCAUGCCUGAGGGGCUAAUCUCCCUCUGUCAGCACAAUUCCAAGUGAUUCUUCCUCUACCUGUUGUCUCUUCCUCCCUAACGGGCCCUCACCCCUGUCCUCUUCUGUUUCCUUUUCCUGGUCCCACCUCUUGGUAUUUACUGCAUCUGUGCCAUCCCCCAUCCCCCAACCCCCAUUCACCCUCGUGCUUCCCCCAGGAGGGGGAGGGGGAGGGGGCCCCAAGCUGGGGCCUCUUUACUGAGACUCUUUUGUACACCACGAACUUUUUGUAUAUUUUUAAUUUUGCUGCAACAUGAGAUAUUAAAAGUCAUUUCAGUACGUG